GACAGGUGCGAAUUACCUACCUUGACACAGCAUGAAAACAAAUUGGAAAAAUAUUGACUGAUCUUGAGAUUACAUUUCACUGAAAAUAAUGUGUAACGUUUCAUCUAUCUUGUGUUAUGAGAACAAACAAUUUAACUUAUUUUUAACGACAGGUGUGUUUAAAUGGCGGGAAUAAACAUUCUAAAACGAAAAUAGAAAAAAAAAUACCUGUGAAAUACACGUACAGAAGUGAACAAAUCAGCAUGCAAUCCUUUGUUUACAUUGAGCGGUUAAAAUGUACUUUAUGACACAUUUCUAAAUGCAAUGUCUCGGCUGUCAAGAUUUUUACCAAAGUUCCUGCGGGGUGGAAAGGAUGGGAAACAAACCAGUGACAAAUCGCAGUGCAAGAUAAUUUUCCUCGACGAAACGGAAUAUUUCAUUCCAUACAAGGGAGCAUUCAAGGGUCAGUAUGUGCUGGACCGUGCAUUUGAGCAGCUCAACCUGCUGGAGAAAGACUACUUCGGCCUCCGCUUCAUUGACGGCACCGGCCAGACGCACUGGCUGGAUGUCAACAAGACCCUCUCCUCCCAGUUGAAAGGGUGCACUAUUCCAUACACAUUCUACUUUGGGGUGAAGUUCUACCCUGCCGACCCCUGCAAGUUACGGGAGGAAAUCACAAGGUAUCAGUUCUUCCUGCAGGUGAAGCGUGACAUCCUUCAUGGUCGCCUGCCUGUCUCCUUUGAGGAGGCUGCUGAACUCUUCACCUUUGCUGUCCAAUCUGAGCUUGGAGACUAUGACUCACAAGACCUGCCUCCAGGCUAUGUGUCAGAGUUCCAGUUUGUGCCAAACCAGACAGAGGCACUGGAGGAACACAUCACUCAGCUGCACAGGAGGCUUGGGGGGACGUUGCCGGCAACGGCUGAGCUGAAGUUCCUGGACAAGGUCAAGUGGUUGGACAUGUACGGCGUUGAUCUUCAUCCUGUCAUGGAUUGUGGCCUCUUUCUGCAGGGUGAGGGUAACACGGAGUAUUUUCUUGGUCUCACACCAACCGGGAUCGUUGUUUACAAAAACAAGACCAAAGUUGGAAACUACUUCUGGCCAAGAAUCACCAAAGUGAAUUUUAAGGGAAAAGUGUUCAUAGUCCGCGUAAAAGACAAAAUUAAUGAUGAGCAUACAUACGCAUUUGAGUUGGCGACGAAGCAGGCGUGUAAGCACCUGUGGCGCUGUUGUGUGGAGCACCACGCCUUCUUUAGAGUGAACCAGCUGGGCUCGGCUGCCCCUAGGGCUGCUAAGCCAUAUAGGUCCACCUCCAAACAUCGCUCCAGCGGACGUACAGAGAGGGAGCACAGCGGGGAGCAGCAGGGUCGUGACCAGCCACGCGUGAUCCGAGUACAGAGCAGGCGGCAGGCACGCAGGGCAAUGUCAGAUUCCAGGCUAAAUCAUGACCAUUCCACGACUGGUAUUCAGUUUACCGAGGGUCAUGUGACCAUGGUAGUCAAGCCCGAGCAAGUCAAAGGGCCUCGGCAUCGUAGCCUUCCAGACCUGAAGGGACGAGAGUCUCCAACUAGCACAAGGUCGGCACCCUGGGAAACCAACAUGGACACUGGGCUGUACACAUCUGGCCGAGAGUCUCCAGUGUCUGUAACACAGAGUGAGAAUGUGAACCAGCUCCGUCGUUACCAUAGAGACAGCGACAGUGAGGCUGGACACAGGAGAAAUAGAUAUCAUAGGCAAGGUUAUGAUAGUGAUGGCGGAAGUUCUCGUGUUAAGUAUUUCCCAAGCAGUCGGAAGGGUUCGGAUAAUGAAAGUGACGUCUCAGUCACCAGGAGAAAAAGGAGGGAUCAUGACUCGGGCAGUGAGUCAGACAUUUCUCCGAAUGUUCGGGACCGGUACAGGAAGGCACGCAGCGUCGGCCCUGAUAGAUUCGAACGUGAGUGGAAUGAUGCAGUACAGGGCUUAUAUAUGCAAGACAAGGAAAAUAGACCUGUCAUGUCUGCAUCUUCAGUCCAUUCUGCACCACUUGGCGAGGCACGCCAGAAAAAGAUGCGCCGUCGACGCAGCAAGUCCCCAGGCAACGGAAAACGGCCACCAGAGGAGCUGAGGCAGCACAUUGCGUUUGACAUGGUGGAACCAUCGCAGGAACUCACAGAGGAUCAACUCCGCGAGAUACCAUACGUGAAUGUCGAAACUAAGGCUGAGCCAUUCAGGGUUAAGUACUCUCCUAGCAACAGACGCAGAUACCGUUCUCCCAAACGAAAGUCCAUGGGUGACCUUGAAGGUGGAGUUAAGGUGAGUGGUGGUGGGGAGGAGCAGGCGCCACCCCCGUACAGUCAUACCCUGGAACAGACCCCAGAACCCCAACACAGACAGCCCACUGAACGGACCCCAGAACCCCGACACAGACAGCCCACUGAACAGACCCAGGAACCCCGAAACAGACAGCCCACAGAAAGACAAGGACCAGGCUUCUACUCUGACACUGGAAGUUUGCCAAGAAGGGCUCCCCCAGCGUAUAGCCAGCAGCAGUUCAACAACACCCUUCCAUCAAAGCACUUCACAGCAGACAUAAGAAGCGUUCCACAGUUUCAUGAAAAUGCCCUAUUUUAUGAGCCCAACAUGUCCCCCCGUUAUCAAGUGUUUAAAAACCCCAUGGUACAUCAUUACCACCCCCCACCCACUGCCGUGUUCAAGCCCAUUGACAAUACAGAUGGCCGAGGGUCUACAGCUACUGACCACAGCCAAACAAACAGAGUUAGGCGAUGUAGAAGUCUGUUUGUGAGGGUGAACAGUGUGGAGUGGGCGGUGAACGUCCGUGACCACGCCCUCUCUGCCCUCACCUUCUCCAGCACUCAGAGCACAGAAAACAAGCACAGCACAUGUCAAGGAGACUACUCUCAAGGUCAAAAGAAUUCUGUCUUAGGUCAUGAGGAAGUAGGUCAUGACCUUGAGGGUGAUGAUGAUGACAGAAACCAUGACUCUGGCCUUAACAGCUCCCAGAGCAGUGGUGGGCCCGGCUACCUCCCUCAGAGCCAGGUGCGGGGGCCCAUUGGCCGCAUGUUUGGUACCCAGGAUGCCAUAGCAAGACUCUACAGCAGUCCUGGGGCAGGCAGAAGAUCAAACAAUCAGUCUGAACAACCCGCAAAUCAAAGCUCUCCUUACAACAGAGGUGUGGCUGUAACAGCCAAUCCACAGCACCCUUAUAAUAUGCAUGCAGGUUCAGCGGAUAGGCCUUUGGUAAAUGGUCAAACUUCAAGCCAAGCUGUGAACUAUAAUAGUAGUAAUGCAAGUGGCUACCCAGUUAACUCCAGAUCUCAGGCACAGUAUUCUGGGUUUAACCAGAACAGAAUGAACUUGGUUCAGUCCCCACAAGAAGCUGCCAUUCAACCACGAGGUCAGCAACAAAAUGGAUAUAUAAACCAGUCACAUUAUCACCAUUCAAAUAACCAGUCAGGUUUAGAGAUGGAUUCAAAUAGAACAUUUUUCUCUCAAAAUGAUUCACACCAAGGUGGUUCUAACCAAAGAAGUAACUUUGCUCAACAAAAUACUCUCCAAGCCAACACACACCAAUCUUACCCUGCUCAGGAUGCUGACUUCCGGCCAAAGACCAAUCAAUACAAUGACUUCCUGCCCAAUGGCACCAGCCCCUCGAGACAGGAUGGGCGCCCCCAGACAUCAGCUGGCAGGGUCUAUAGCCCUGCAACAGGGCAUGGUUCCCAGUAUGGCCCAACAGCAGACAACCGGCUUGGCCUUCAGCCUAGCUGGCAGUAUGUUGGCAAUGGUGGAGUCAACGGUGGAGUCCCACAGGAGCCAGCCAAUCAGAAAACAGUACACCACGGACAACAGCCACUAAAACCAUCAGGAAGUGUGUCUCCAUAUUCACAAUCUCCUUCGUCGUCCCCUGUGAAAACUGGGAACCCCCAUUCACUGCAGGGCACCAGACCUCUAGCCAGUCAGAUCCAUUCUAAAAGUCACAUAAACUCCCCUGUCAAAAGCAGGAACAACCCCGGCAGUGGUGUGUCGUCACCAUCAAUGCAAAACAGGCGGACUGUAUCAGUCAAUCAGACUAACACACAGGGUCACAUGCCUCAGCAGAGGUCACCCAUGAAGGUUAAAUCUCCUGACAGUGCUAUCAGUUCCCUGAACAGUAUGAGCGUCACUGGCUCGGCUAGAAGCUCUCCUCAAAAGCAAACUCCACUAGGGGCGAAGCUGGACCCCAACAUAGGUAACAAUAACGUGCUGUCACAGAAGAACAACAUGGGUGGGGCUGACUGCAUUCGAGCAAGAACUCCGGCCUUUGGCCAGUCAGAGAGGUGGACCGAGUUGUGAUUGCUGUCUGUGAUUAUUAUAGCAGCUCAUUUUUUGUCUUUUUUGAAGGACCCAAACAGGCAGUUUCAAAUCUUUAUUUUUUAUUUUUAAGGUUUAAUAUAUAGCAAACAUAAUACAUACUUCCUUUGCAAUAUGUGUAGGUGAACAGUUAAUUUUUCUACAGAAGAUUUAUUAAAAUGAGAGUUGGGCUCAAAACAAAACAUCCUUUUUUUUAAAGUCUUUCUUCAAAAUAAAUAUGUGAUUAUGUUAACAAUGAAUUGUGGUUUUUGUGUUGAUUGGUUCUAUUUUAAGACAGAUAUUUGCAUUUUUUUGUAAACUGAGUGAGAGAAUUUAAUUCAUUAUUUUAUUGAAUAACUUUCUUAUUUGAAAAUGAUAUCAUCAAUGCUACAUAUAAACACAACAUAUUUAUAUUGCCGACAGACUUUCGAGAAAAAAAGCAAAUGCUUUUUGCACCAAAAUCUCGUAAAAUUUACUCAACUCCUUAACCAAAACAUGUUGCAAAGGAUGUUUGUUUUACUCUGAAAACAUACUUCCUAAAAACUAUCAUUUCAUCUUUUUAAUUUUUGGCUUUCCCCACCCACUUUGCACCCUAAUGUUGUUCCAUGUCAUUCGAUAAUUGUUGGAAGAAUACCAUUUUUCCUUAGAAAAAUCAUAUUUCUGACUACUUUUGAAUGAAUUAAAACAAGAUCUGCAUAGUAUGAUGUACUUUACAUAAGCAUGACCUUUUUUAAGCCAAUCAAUUGUCUGACAUUUUGCUUGGUUGGAGUGCAUGAAGAUUAGCUACUUCAAUUUUCUACUUUGAUAAACAUGUAACUGUGAUUUGACUGCAUACAUAUGAAGAACUGGUCAGCUUGUAAAAUCGUACAUUAGUUGGUAGUGUAUGUCUAAGUGGUUUUAUUUCAAAUAUGUUGCAAUAUUAAGUCAAUCACACUUAUAUCAGUCUGUCUUUUUUAAUAUUUGUAUAUUUGUAACUUACACUUGUAAUUAAUAGACGUCCAGUCAGUAUUUAUUAAUAUUUUGUACUUUUACAUUCAAACAUUUGUAAUAAAUGUGAAAAAUGGC